UUGCUUUUUACAUCAUCUCUGUUUUCUCUUUUUCUUUCCUCUUCACUUCAUUUUGACCUACUUUACCAAAUCGCUGCCAUGAACAAAAAAGACAGAGUCACUCCCGACUGGACCAAAGCCCCUCCAGACGUCCUCGAAGCCAUCGCAAAGCGCCUCCACGCACGAAUCGAACUCCUACGUUUUCGCGCCGUUUGUUCUUCAUUUCGAUCCGGCCUUCCUCGUCCUCCAAGUGUCUUGUUCCCAGACUCAAUUUUGAAGAAGACUGACUUCCUCAAAGGCCCAAUCCCCCGUGAGGAUUACCAGUUUGUCCUCGUGGAGUCUCCAAUUUACGUCGUUGAGCCCAUCGACAAUAUCAACCAUAACCAAAUAUGGUUUGUGGAAGUGCAAGAGGUGACACCAGGUAAAUUUAAAAUGAAAAACCCUUUGAUCCAAAGUUUUUAUGAAGAUCCUUUAAAUAGGUUACCCAAGACAUUUAACUCGCUUGAUUAUCGAGUCAGGGAAGUGAGAAAUUCAUACAUGCUUAAAUCAGUUGCGUAUCAUAAAGGUAAAAGCAAAGUCUACCAUAGCUACUGGGAGGGAUUAGUAAGUCUUCCUCUUCCUUCAAGGGUGAUUUUUACUUCGUUUCUUGAUGAAACUGAUGACAGGUUUGCGGUUAUGACCGCAGUGGAUACAAAAGAGCUGUUUAUGUGGAGGAAUGUAGACAAGAAAUGGAGUAAAAUAAACACUAGAAUUUGUGAGCUUGAUUGUUUUCAGGACAUUAUUUGUCAUAAUAAAAAAUUUUAUGUUAUGCUUACCAAGGCUGGCUUUUUAACGGUGGAUUUCCAAUCUUUGGAGGUUAAUUUAGUUGCAGGGCCGAGAGAGGAUCUGAAAAAUGCAAUUUUGUUCUUGGUGGAGUCACUUAACGAUCUGUUUUUAGUUGCGCAAUUCUCAAGUGAAGGUAUUCAUUGUUUCAAGGUUUUUAAGCUUAAUGAAGAAACACAUGAGUGGGAUUUGGUGGAGGAUGAAUUGGAGUUGGAGGAUAGAGUGUUCUUUGAUGUGGAAUGUAAUCCGUUUUCAGUUUCAGCUAGCGAGUUUCCUGCAUUAAGAGGAAAUUGUAUUUAUUUCUUUAAUUAUGAUUUUCGUGAGUAUGAGGAUCUGGACAUAGAAGAUGUCAGGAUUUACGACCUGAGGACUCAUACUGAUUCAAAACUCGCGGAUUUUCGAGGCUUUUCUACCCUUUUCUGGCCUCCACCAGCUUGGUUGAAGCAGCGAUCUUUUCGCUCAGCUGGUUUAUUACGGAAUUAACAAUCACUAUCCUAACAAUGGGUGUUCUCGUUCCCUUUCCAUGGCUGAACCUUCUCGCCUAAAGGCUCUAGAAGAACUUGUCUCUCAAUAUGGGGCUAGACUGAACACUCAAGAGGCCAAACUUGACUCCCUAUAAGGUAUUUUGAAGGCUAUUACAUUAAAACUGGUUGCCAUUGACACCAAGCUAGAAUGAGGACGACAACAAAAGGAGCUCAUGAGGGACAAUGAUGCGAGUGGCAAUGGCACUCCCCUGCCCGACUCAAGUUCGCAUUCUUCUGGGGUUGCGCCACCUUUUAAGCCUUUCCGAAUAGAGGUACCCCGUUUUGAUGGCACGGAUCCAUGCGGCUAAAGGUUUAAAGCUGAGCAAUUCUUUGAUUACCUUAAUACCCCUACCGAACAAUGGCUAACGAUCUUUUCCUUCCACAUGGAUGGGCCAGCUCUCUCAUGGUAUCGCUGGAUGCAUUCCAAUGGACAGAUUCGUUCCUGACGUUCUUUUCUACAGGAUUUAGAUGUUUGUUUUGGGCCUUUGGAAUUUGUGGAUUACCGAGGGUAGUUGGCCAAACUUACUCAAGCAGGUUUUAUAGUCGCUUAUCAAACAUAAUUUGAGGAACUCUCUAAUCAAGUUUUUGGCCUUCCAAGUACAUUACUUCUAAGCUACUUCAUAUUAGGGCUCAAACUGGAAAUCCAAAGGGAGGUGCAGUCCUUCUGCCUUCACACCCUCAACCACGCCAUGAGUCUCACUCACUUGCAGGAAGACAAGCUGUAGGAUUAACCAUGCCAUGGUUAACUGUUGAGUUGUAUGGUGCUGUCUAUAAACAAUAAGAAAUGUAAUAAGAAAGUCAGUUCGUCUUUUCCCAAAUCUUCUUAUUCUACAUUACUCUUUUUCUCCAAUAUGGUAUCAGAGCGCGAAUUCUUCCGCAUUUCGACCUGAAUUAGGUUAAUGAGACAAUCAAUUUUGUUCUUGUAAAGCUCAAAAGAUUUUAAAAUCUUUCUUGUCCUCACUUUAGUCAAGCUUAUCAAAGCUCAAAGUUCUACAAUUUUAGCUCAAUCAAUCAUGGCGACAUCAAUUGAAGAAUAUGUUAUACCUAUAGUCAAUUCAAAUUCGCCCCUCUAUGUUCACUCUUCGGACACACCAGGAUUUGUACUAGUGUCUGAAUAGCUUGUAGGCACUGAAAACUAUGGGAUCUGGAGUAGAGCAAUGACUGUCUCAUUAUGUGCGAAGAAUAAACUAGGGUUUGUUGAUGGAACCUGUACGAAGUCUUCAAUGCAUUCUCGAUUGGUUCCAUAGUGAGAGAUGUAAUUCAUUAGUUUUAGCUUGGAUUUUCAAUUCAGUUUCAAAAGAAAUCUUUAAUGGAAUUGUUUACUCGAUGACUACUUCCCAAGUUUAGCAAGAUUUAAAAGAACAGUAUCACAAGGUUAAUGGUACUAGGGUUUUUGGGAUUCAUCGUGAAAUUGUGAAUUUAACGCAAGGAACAAACAUUGUGGUGAUCUAUUACAACAAGCUCACGUCGCUUUGGGAUGAGCUAGAUUCUUUGGUCAGCCUACCUACUCUAGAUAGUGUUUCUGCAAAAACAUAUUUAGAACACCUCAAUCAACAAAAAUUACUGCAAUUUUUUAUGGGAUUGAAUGAGUCAUAUUCAGUGGUACAAAGUCAGAUUUUGUUGAUGAAUCCAUUGCCAACUGUAAAACAAGCUUAUUCGGUGGUUAAUGAGGAUAAGAGUCAAAGAAUUUUGACUGGAAUGAAUGCUAAUUCAAAGGUGACCACAACCCUAUAUGCUCAGAACAACAAUAAUAAAAGUCAGUCUCAGGGACAAAGGUACAAAGGCAAGAAGCCAUAUGUUGAAUGUGAUCACUGCCUGGGCAUAAUAAGAGGGAUUCUUGUUAUAAGUUGAUAGGAUAUCCUACGUAUUUCUAGUUUACAAGAGGGAAAACGGGUUCCAAAUCGAAGGCUUUGGCUAAUUAGGUGUAGACUCGGAGUUCAAAUUCAGCAGUUUUAGAUGAUGGCAACAAUAACACAAUGGUUGGACCAGUUUUGACUUCAGAACAAUACAGUCAGAUUCUUCAAUUGCUAAGCAAAGAAUCCUCCGGCCGCUAAUCUUGCAGGUAUUUUUACUGCCCUGUUAUCUUUGUUUGGAUGAUACUGGAUGGAUUGUAGACACAGGGGCCACAGAUCACAUGAAUUUAAACUUUGUACUUCUAAAUUGUCCUAUUGUCAUAGAACCAUCAUUCAAAUCUCUUGUAGGAUUACCAAAUGGAACUAGAACCCUCAUUAAGCAUAUUGAUUCUGUUGAUUUGGCUAAUGGCAU